UAGUGAACGUUUCACGAGUCAACAGCAACGUCUUUCGAGAAGUUCUAGGCGCAGUUUGCGACAUUUUUCUUUCUUUUAUCCGUCAUCAAAUGGUUUAUGUGAUGAAAUAACACGCUAGUUAACGAGUAUUUUUGUUGUUAGUGUUCGUAGUCGUAAAUAAGUAAGAGCUAGAUUACAUUAGAAGCUAAUAUGGGUGACGAAAGCCAUCCGAAAACUCUCUACGUCGGUAAUUUAGACGCGAGUGUUACUGAAGAAUUUCUAUGUGCAUUGUUCGGGCAGAUAGGUGAAGUCAAAGGUUGUAAAAUUAUACGUGAACCAGGCAACGAUCCAUAUGCUUUUUUGGAGUUUACAAAUCACACGGCCGCGGCUACGGCCCUGGCCGCCAUGAACAAGCGAGUAUUUCUUGACAAGGAAAUGAAGGUUAACUGGGCUACAAGUCCUGGUAAUCAGCCCAAGACGGAUACAAGUAACCAUCACCACAUAUUUGUUGGUGAUUUAUCACCAGAGAUUGAAACUCAUAUACUGAGAGAAGCUUUCGCUCCUUUCGGUGAGAUAUCAAACUGUAGAAUAGUACGUGACCCUCAAACGCUCAAAUCUAAAGGAUACGCAUUCGUAUCAUUCGUAAAAAAGGCUGACGCUGAAGCUGCAAUCACAGCAAUGAAUGGACAAUGGUUGGGCUCUAGAUCUAUACGUACAAAUUGGUCUACACGGAAACCCCCUGCGAAAGGAGCAAACGAAGGUGCGCCGAGCACCAAAAGGGCAAAACAGCCGACUUUUGACGAGGUCUACAACCAGAGUUCGCCGACAAACACGACAGUUUACUGUGGUGGUUUCACAAGCAAUAUAAUUACAGAGGACUUAAUGCAAAACACUUUUUCUCAAUUUGGCCAGAUCCAGGACAUAAGAGUUUUCAGGGAUAAAGGAUAUGCUUUCAUUAGGUUUACUACAAAAGAAGCAGCAGCACAUGCUAUAGAGGCCACACACAACACAGAUAUUAGUGGUCAUACAGUCAAAUGUUUCUGGGGGAAAGAAAAUGGUGGAUCCGAAAACCAGAGCACAAACAAUCCGCCAGCACCUCCUCCGUCAAUGGGAGCGCAAACACAAUAUCCAUAUGGAUAUCAACAAGGCAUGGGCUACUGGUAUGCUCAGGGCUAUCCUGCACUGCAAGGAUAUAUGGCACCGGGUUAUUAUCAGCAAUAUGCUACCGCCUACAGCAACCCUCAGGCUGCCGCAGCUGCGGGAUAUCGCAUGAGCAUGCCGGGUGGCGGCGCGGGGGCGGGGGUCGCGGGCUCGUGGGGCGGCGGGGGGCCGCAGCCGGUCAUGUACGCGUCCGCCAUGCCGUCCGCGCAGUACCCCUCGCAGUAGCGCCGCACUCCGCACGGCCCAGUGUUGCCGACCGUACGUCACCACGGACCGCAUCCUAUGGCUGGCAACCCUGCCGCCGGGGCCCGCGCGACGAGCCGUGCAGUAACCGCGUGACACUGCUGCCGCCCAUUAAGGCGAGACCGCACUAAAGCGACACAACGUUGCAGCGAAGCGACGCAACACUUCACGUUCCAUAGAACUGACGUUUUACGCCGCUUCGCUACUACGAUUCCAUAUAAAUAAUAUUUGGCCGUGACGUGUCCCGUCGUGCCGCGUAGUGUCGCUUAGUGCGGUCUUGACUAUAUCCACGUGUGACAUCACCGAACGACAGAGACAGAUGCACCAGAGACCAGAGUUCACUUUGUCUCUAUCGUUGGGUUACUUAUGCAUUCGUAUAGUAAUGGUUGAUUGCAUGUUGGUAUACGGCAUUGUUUGUCGCACGGGUUAUAUCAAUGCUACUGCCUUUGUGCGCUGGACGAGACACACUAAUUUCUACAUACAUCGAAAUAGAUUAUCAGAAGUUUAAACUUGGGUUAGUUAUCUAUUACUUCUCAAUUUGAUGGUGCAACAAUGUGGAAUUCAUAGUUUUUGAGGUUGUAUUUUUCUGCCCCCUUGAUUUUAUUUUAAAUUAUAGAACUUUUUAUAUGAUCUUUACUUAGCCAUUCCGACUUUUUUUUAAUAAAAGUAGACCAUUUCCUUAACUAUUCGUGUUUACACUAAAAUUGGGUGCUUAAAUUAUUGUUUAUGUAAGCUGCAUUACCUUAGCUUAAUAUAAGUUUUUA